AAAGGUCAAAAAAAAAAAGAAAAAAAGAAGAAAGAAAAACGAAAAGCAAACCUAAAAUUCAUAAUAUCUAACUGACCUAAUCAAAAGUUUGACAAGUAGACCCAAGAAGACUUGCUUGACUUGCUAUGUUUCCGGGAAGAGUCUUGGACUGAUCACUAGAGAAUUCUACGAGUGUAAAACGGUUUAGAAAUUAAAGAUAGGGGAAACUUCCAGACAAUCGAGGAGAGACAUAACUCAAAUCCUUGGCUAGGUCAACAGUCCAAGGAGGCUGGAGGCCUGAAAAAGAGUUGAAUGACUUGCAGUGCUUGGGAGAAGACUCUUCCGCACCGAUGUUAUAGUAUAAAAGUACUGGGAGCUAUGAACUGAAACAUUAAUCAAAUGAAAAAAUGGAGAGCUCGAUAUCUAGGGUGGUGGUGGGAGCAGUAGUAGCAUGGGUGGUGAUCGUUUGCAUGGGCUUUUCACAUGCUGCACCAAUUUAUUCUUCUCCUCAGUUGCAGGCUGAGGCUGAGGCUCUCCGCAGCUCCGGCUGCUGGUCCUGGGAGAGCAAUAUUUCUAAUCAUUGCCACUGGUCUGGCGUAACUUGCAAUGAGGCAGGGCAUGUCAUUAAGAUAAUGAACUUGACGUCGUGCCACACUGCAGUGCUGAGUGGCUUCAGCAAGUGGAUGUUUUCUUCAUUUCCUAGCCUCAUUCAUCUCGACCUGAGCAUUUGUGGUCUCACUGGUAGCAUCCCUGAUGAAAUAGGUAAUCUUGCUAACCUCAUCUACCUUGAUCUCUCUUAUAAUCAACUCCACGGCAAUAUCCCGUACCGAUUAGGCGCUCUUACAAAACUUACCUAUCUUGAUCUCUCUUAUAAUGCACUCUCUGGUGUCAUUCCCUCAUCUUUGGGCUAUCUCAUUAAAUUGACUUCUCUCAACCUUGUUCGGAAUCAAAUCAAUGGUUUCAUCCCUCCAGAAAUUGGAAACCUCAAGAACCUGGUCGAGUUGAGCCUAGGUUGGAACUUACUUAGGGGAAAGAUACCUCACCAGCUCCAAAAUUUGAAGAAGUUAGAAACUUUGGAUCUCUCUUAUAAUAGAUUAUCAGGCUCCAUUCCUUCCUUUCUAGGCCAUGGCCACAAGUGGAAAUCAAUUGAUUUGUCACACAGUGGUUUGAAGGGUCAUACACCUUUGGAAUCGCAAGACCAGUCCCACCACAAGAUAGGACGAAAAAUCACAAUUGUCACCUUUGGCAUCUCUUUCUUCAUCACCUUGUUUCUUGUAGCCUUAAUCCUUGGGUUUCUUUCCCUUUGGAGGAAGAAAAGAAGAUUUCAUCCCUCAAUUCUUUUCCUUGGUCUGAAGAAAAGAAAAAUUCAAUCAGAGGCAGCAACAACUACAAAAAAUGGUGAUUUGUUCUCAAUAUGGGGCUAUGAUGGUAGGAUUGCUUAUGAAGACAUCAUUGAAGCAACAGAAGAUUUUGAUAUCAAAUAUUGCAUAGGUACUGGAGGCCAUGGCAGUGUAUACAAGGUACAGUUGCCUAGUGGAAAAGUAGUUGCCGUGAAGAAACUUCACCGGGUGGAAAGUGAGGAGCCAGCAUGCAUGAAAAACUUUCAAAAUGAGGUACAUAUGUUGACAAAAUUAAGGCAUAAGAACAUUGUGAAACUUCAUGGUUAUUGCCUCCACCAGAGGUGCAUGUUUUUAAUUUGCAACUAUUUGGAAAGAGGAAGCUUGUAUUGUAUGUUAAGAGAUGAAGUUGAAGCUAGGGAGUUGGAUUGGACUAAAAGAGUGAAUGUGAUCAAAAGCAUUGCCCAUGCCUUAUCCUACAUGCAUCAUGACUGUACUCCACCAAUCAUUCACAGGGAUGUAUCAAGCAAUAAUAUCCUCUUGAAUUCAGAACUUGAAGCUUUUGUAUCGGAUUUUGGCACUGCUAGACUACUAGAUCCCGAUUCAUCCAAUCAAACGCUUCGUGUAGGCACUUAUGGCUAUAUUGCACCAGAGCUUGCCUAUACCAUGAAAGUAACUGAGAAAUCCGACGUUUAUAGUUUUGGGGUGGUGGCACUAGAGACAAUGAUAGGAAAACAUCCAAGCGAACUGCUCACCUCAUUGUCAUCCUCAUCAAGCCAAGAUAUAAUGUUAAGAGAUGUAUUGGAUUCGCGUCUCAUAUUGCCUGAAGAUCCAAGGGUUGCUAAAGAUGUAGUUUUUGUGACAUUUUUGGCACUCAAAUGCAUCCAUUCAAAGCCGCAAUGUCGUCCAACAAUGCAACAAUUAUCCUACAAUCUUCUUAUUGAUGUACCAUUUCCUAUGUUACCAUUUUAUGCAAUUUCACUAAACCAGUUGAAGAAUCAAGUAAUUUAAUUGAAUGUUAAUAGUAAUAUAUAUUAAGAGAUUUAUUAUGCA